CUCCUCACACAGCCAGUCAGUGAGUGCAAGGCACAGGACGCAUCCUUGCUGGCUCAACGUACUCUACAAGUCACCAUGAGCAGAGACAGAAAGGGUCCAGGGGGGGAGAAGUGUUAGAGAGCACUAGGGUGAGUGAACUCAUGCCUACAAGACCCUGCCUGGGGGCAUCACAGCUUUAGGGACCAAGAGCAGCACCAGGUCAGAGGAUGGACACUCUGCGGCCAGCGGGGAACGUCACCUUCCUUCAGGAGCUGCUGUGUCGCCAUGCUAACUUCACCGGCAAUGUAAAUCCCACCUGGAAUAUCAGCGGCAAUGUCACCGGGAAUCUCACAGGUACCUUGCACGCAUGGAACCUCAGCUGUGAUCUGCUGGACCGCAGGAAGAUGGCGAGCUCCGCAGAUCUCAAUUACUGGGUGCGGAUUCUGCUGUAUUCCAUCAUUUUCCUCCUGAGCGUUUUUGGAAACACACUUAUCAUCAUUGUUCUCUUGAUGAAUAAGCGCCUGAGAACCGUGACAAACUCCUUCCUGCUCUCGUUGGCGGUCAGCGACCUGAUGGUGGCCGUGCUGUGCAUGCCUUUUACCCUCAUUCCAAACCUUAUGGGGAACUUCAUCUUUGGAGAAGUUAUCUGUAGAACGGCCGCUUACUUCAUGGGUCUCUCUGUGAGUGUCUCCACCUUCAAUCUGGUUGCCAUCGCUAUCGAACGUUACAGUGCCAUCUGUAACCCACUCAAGUCCCGUGUCUGGCAGACCCGCUCCCACGCCUACAAGGUUAUUGCUGCCACAUGGAUUCUGUCUAUUAUUAUCAUGAUCCCGUAUACUGUAUACAACACGAUCGUCCCAUUUCCCAUGAAAGAAAAGAACAGGUUUGGUUACCAGUGCCGGUUGGUGUGGCCGAAUAACCACGUGCAGCAGGCAUGGUAUGUCCUCUUGCUUACAAUCCUCUUCUUCGUCCCAGGGGUGGUGAUGAUCGUGGCUUAUGGACUCAUCUCUUGGGAACUGUACAGAGGGAUCCAGUUUGAGAUGGAUUUAAACAAAGAAGCCAAAGCUGAUAAAAAUGGCGUGGCCACAUCUGUGAGUGGUGCAGUAUCCGCGGUGGCUCCUUGUGAUGAGGGGGAUGGCUGCUACAUUCAAGUUGCCAAGAGACGCAAUACCGUGGAGAUGUCGGCUCUUACUCCCAGCGGCUGUACCAAUAUGGAUCGUGCACGCAUUAACAACUCUGAAGCCAAGCUCAUAGCCAAGAAGCGUGUAAUCCGCAUGCUCAUUGUCAUCGUGGCCAUGUUUUUCAUAUGCUGGAUGCCCAUUUUCGUGGCCAACACCUGGAAGGCCUUUGAUGAGGCGUCUGCUUUCAAAACCCUGUCUGGAGCCCCAAUCUCCUUCAUUCACCUCCUGUCUUAUACAUCUGCCUGUGUAAAUCCCCUUAUUUACUGCUUUAUGAACAAGCGUUUUCGCAAAGCUUUUCUGAGCACGUUUGCCAGCUGUAUUAAGCCUUGCCGGCAUUUUCGAGACCCGGAGGAAGAUACAACAACCCCUGGAGCAUCUCUCUCAAAAUUCAGCUAUACCACUGUGAGCAGUCUUGGUCCAUCCUGAGGAGGACCUCUCAUCAUUAAGGGUCUAAGUAUGAAAUAUUUCUGGAAGCAGUCGAUUGGACAGCAGAACAUGUCUAUUCUCUGUGCCAUCACAUAGAAUUCAGCUUUUAAUGUAACUGUGGGGGAUGUACGGUAACCCGCUAACAUUUCUGACUGACCUCAAAGCCUUAAUGCAACUGGCUACCAGAAAAUAUUAGCGAGUCACAUCACUUGGAUGCCUUCCAUCAUCCGAACUUAUCUCCUCUCCAUGUGCUGGGACCAUACAUGUCCUCUCUUCUUCUGGCAUUAAUUUAUAACCUUUUAUAAUCAUUCUACUGGGUCAGUACAGCUUUGUGCUGGGUAAUUGCAUCCAUGUGGAAAUUAUAUUUAUGUAAUAAGUAUAACGGGACCUGCGCAAAUUAAAGUGAUAUGUUCUGGAGAAUUACACUGUUCGGUAAAUGCUCUAAAGUGGACUGGAUCACAAAUGUAAUUGCAUCUCUUUAAUCCUUGCACUUUCUUUUAGUUCUGUAAAGUCUGUUAUUUCUAUUUGUAAAAUGUGUUUUUUGGAUAAGUGACUGAGCUUAUUAGAGACAUGUAGUAUAAAAUAUAAUAUGUCACAGUUUAGUAAAUGUCUGCAGUCUGGUGUUGUACCGUACUUAUAGUAUGUCCGCAUUGCAUUAAAAAUAUCUAGAUUUCUUGUGACAGGGACCUCUAGAAAGGCUGAUGGGACGUUCAGUAGGAGCUUAUUGCUGUAUUAUUGGCCUCUGGAUCCACCUUAUGUUUAAUCAUUGCUUAUAUGAAUAACAUACGUCUGCACUAGUUUAUCCCAUCCUUACAUUGCUCGAUUGAAGGACAGACUUAUCUCUUGUUAUAAUGAGGUAGAACCCCUCAUACAACCUUCUUGGAUUGAGACUCCAGUCCAAUCCCUCCUAUCACUGAAAAUAAAUAUUUCAAAGCUGCUAAUGCAUUAUUGAGCACUGAAUUCACUUAAUCCUCUUCCACCAGUAUCCAAGAGGUGGAAAGAUUCCGAGCUCCGUCCCUGCUCUCCCAAAGAGUCCAGAAGAUUUCAUGCAUGGUUUGCAAACUUCUAAAGAGCUCCCUAGUGAAACGCAAAUUACGUUACAUUCACUUUCUCAAUCUUGAACAUACUGAUUACUGAGC